UGUGUUCACUUUUAUUAGAAAUAUUGAAUUAAAUGUGUGUUUGAAUAACAGCAUAUACUUAAUUAGAAUGAUCCAAAACAUCACGAGGCAUCGCAAAACCUCCUCUUUAGUACGUCACCAGCGCCCCCUCUGAUUGGCUGCUGAGGCAGCCGCGCUAUCAGUGAGGCGGAAGUACAGCAUUAUCCUAGCAAAAAGGUCUUCUUCCUUCGCUUAGGACUUUAACAUCUCUGUUCAGAGCAAGAGUAACGCUUAUUUAAAACGGCGACGGUGUGAUGUCAGCUGACAGCAGCAAAUGUAGCUGACGUCCUUCUGUGACAGCGGCCAUGGCGGAGGUUUCAUCACCGAGCAGUGGUGCUCCGAUGCACCGCGGACCCUACAUCAGCAUGAUCACCAACCGGACGAUGAACUUGCUGAUCCGUGCUGCCAUGCUCUUUAUGGUGGGCGUGUUUCUAGCGCUCGUGCUAAACCUGCUACAGGUGCAGCGUAAUGUCACUCUCUUCCCUCCAGAUGUCAUCAGCAGCAUUUUCUCAUCCGCCUGGUGGGUCCCACCGUGCUGUGGAACAGCUGCAGCGUUGAUAGGUUUGCUGUAUCCCUGUAUGGAUCAUCGUCUGGGGGAGCCGCAUAAGCUCAAGAGAGAGUGGUCUAACGUGAUGCGCUGUGUGGCCGUCUUUGUGGGCAUAAAUCACGCCAGUGCUAAGGUGGACUUUGCGAAUAAUGUGCAGCUGUCAUUGACGCUGGCUGCCUUGUCUGUCGGCUUGUGGUGGACGUUCGAUCGUUCACGCAGUGGUUUUGGGCUGGGAGUCAUCAUUGCAAUACUCGCCACAUUUGCAACCCAGCUGCUGGUUUACAACGGAGUCUUUCAAUAUACCUCCCCUGACUUCCUGUACAUUCGGUCCUGGCUGCCAUGUAUCUUCUUCGCUGGGGUCAUAACUGUGGGGAAUAUUGGACGACAGCUAGCUCUGUACGAGUACAAAGUCAGUCAGGAAAAGACCCACCAGGAUUAAGGAAGAAUCCAGCAUAAAGUAGUGAAGCAGGAGCACCAAGACUGACAGAGUGAUCCAUCAUUGAGGAGGAGCUGUUCUCUGUGUUUGAGGAUGGACAGUGUUAUGAUUUAUACCUCCAGAUCUGUUUUCUGCCUCCUCAGACGCUCAGGUUCUCUAAGUGUGUGUAACGGUUAGAUAUAAUGUUGUUUACACACUCUCAUACUGUCUUCGCCGGCGCUAAAAUGCUACCGGCUGCUGUAAAGUGCCAAACUGACUCUGACUGAUCAAACUGCGUGACUGUCCUCAUCUCAUGACUGGAGGCAAAGCCUGGUGUGUAAAAGAUGGCCAAUAUAUUGGCUGAAUAUUUACAUGUAUUUCAUGCACAGACACAGAACUCAAUCACAAGAAAUUUUCUAUAUGAUCUUGAUACUGUUGUGGCCUCUAUCCUCUGUGAUGGGUGGAGGAGAGUCAUCUGGACAAAGCACAAUCAUCAGGUCUCGUUCAUCAUACAGAAAAAUCACUGGUCAUUACAAGUAAGGAGAGUUAUAUAGCGUAUUAUGACAGGGCAUCAAAUCUGUUACAUAUCACUUUACUAAAGUGCAGUUCACUUCUGCGGUGUCUCAGAUCCACCACUAGUGGUCGUCAGAGGAUAACUGACCCGUCACCCUGUGUUUGUAGAUGCAGUGCUAAACACAAAAGACAUCAUAUUUUCUAACAGACUAACCAGUGUGCUGUGUUCAUUAGUUGGAAGGGGAAUUGGUGUUCAACAAGCAGUUGGUUACUGCUUUGAUUACAACUUGAAUAUUUUAUUUUAAUGCAUUUCUCCUUAUAGCCAGGGCUGCGUUUCCCAAAAGCAUUGUAAGCUUAAGUUGAUCGUAGCUCCAUUGGUUUGAAUGGGUCUACGAUGUACUUAAGCUUAAGAUGCUUUUGUGAAACGCAGCCCUGAUCAUUCCUUGCUAGACCUGAAGAACUCAUCAGCUUUGACUGAAUGAAGCAUCCCUUAGCUCCAGAAAUCUCUGAUGACAAUGUUUCAGGAUAAAAUUAAAAUGCUUCUUAAUGACAUUCCAUUGAUCAUUACCAAAGCCUUAAAAUGACUUUAAGAUAACAGAUAGAUUGGAGCUCAAAGAAAAGAGGAUAGAACAGGCAAACCACCAUCUGUGCACUGAUUUUGGAUAAAUUAAGGGAUUUUUUUUUUUUACUGGGAGGAUAUUUUAUGAAAUACUGAGUAGAAUGCAAAAUAAGUGGGAUCAAUGUGUUUUAAGUGUUGCAAUGAGACUUGACAACUUAAUUGUAGACUUGCAAGAGUAAUUGUACAGUUCGUAUGUGACCAUCUGAAAGCGAGCAUGUUGGGAUGUUUUCUCAUGGGUGAUUACUUGAUCCAUGGUUUGUAUUUUACCACAUUUACUGUUUUUUGAAGUUGAAGUUACAUGUUUGUUAUUAUUACAUCUGCAUUAUUAAAAGAGAC